AUGGCCAAGGAAGGUAGAGGAAAGCCGGUGGCUGAGCCUGGGUUGCAUGUUGGGCGUUGGCUUUUUGUCCGAAUCUUCAAACUGUGCAUUCAAACCAGGAUGAAGUGCUGUGGUGUCCAGAGUCCAGACUUCAAAGUGAUCUACGGAGUGUACACACUUUUGACGAUGACGUCGCUGUGUCUCGCGAUGUUCACAUCGAGGACACGAGAAAAGCUCGGUAUCAGCAUCAGUCAGCCAAUUAAAGAUGUUGCGGUGUGCGACGUCGACGGUGACGGCAAUAUGGAGAUGAUACUAGUUAGCUCCAGAGGUUCAAACAUGGUUCUUAAUUAUGACUUCAGACGACAUAUCUAUACUGAUGUAACUCUGUCAAAUCCUUCUCUGGCAAGUAUAAGAGAUGAACAUGGCAGUACUAUUGGCGUGUGUGCGUGUGACAUAGAUGGUGACGGGAAUGAGGAAAUAUAUCUGCUAACCAACAACAAAAGAAACUUCAACCACAAGGUCUAUAAAGAUCGGUUGUUACAUUGGCAAAAGCAGUUUAACAGGUUCGAUGACUUGUUUAAUGAUGACAUCAACAGCAACUUGUCUGUCCGAUAUGAUGGUCACGCGGUUGGUUGUCUGGACAGGGCUGGAAACGGCAGAUAUGGAGUUUUGAUUUCAGACAUUCGUGACAAAGCUGCAAGUUUAGCGCUGAUACAAGUGAAAAGAGUACAAGUUGCCGAUAACAGUUCAAGUCGAAUCGUUCUGGAAGAUGCCACUCGGGAAGCCAAUUUGGCGAACACGCUAGCUUCAAGAAGCAUAGCGAUUGGACCUAUUAUUGGGGAAGAAGGAAGGUCUGACAUAUUCAUGGCUGGCUUUCGAGAUGAUGCUGGUCAUCAUACUAAAAACCAGCUUUUGAAGAACAACCUCGUGAGAGCAUUCCACGAUAUUGCACUGGACACAGGAAUAAUGGGCGACCAGGAAAAUGGAAGAGCUGCUACUCUUGCCGACAUGAACUACGACGGCUUGGUGGACAUCAUCAGCGUGAACAUGAUGAGCAGACACAGAUUGUAUCUGCAACAUGUGAAUGGGACCAGUAAUAAAGCUUCAAAGCAUUUUGAAGAGAUUUCUUCAGCAAGAAGCGUGCUGGCAGUCGACUUUGACAACGACGGGAUAUUAGAAAUACUUCUCGUGAACGCGUUUUACCGGUCUCCCUUUGAUACUGGUGUUUCUGUAAGGUCAGAGAACGCGUUGUAUCAAGUCCAGAUGACUGACGAUGGUGUUGUGAUGACAAAUGUUAGUAUUGGCGAUGCCAAGACUUCAGGACAACAUAUAACAGGAGCAUCAGUUGCAGACUUGGAUGGUGAUGGUUUACUGGAAUUAUACAUAACUAACGAAGAUGACAAUACUCAGUCCUUGUCAAUAUAUCACGUGACUGAAGGAAAAGGAAAUAACUGGUUGCGAGUGAUGCCUCUAACCCGAGGUGGCGCUCCUGCCCGUGGUGCCAGUGUAAAGCUGGUUCUAAAAACCAAUCAAAUUCUUCUUAGGAUAAUUGAUCCUAGUUCAAAUAUUGAGCCGGUAGCUCAUUUCGGUUUGGGACGGUCAAACCCCAUUGAGAUGACCCUUCUGUGGCCAGAUGGACAUCUAAUACGAAAGUCGUUAUCUUCGUACAACAUAAACGUGACUUUAAAAGUAGCAUAUUAUGGUCAUGUGACCAGUUUGUUAAGACAGAAACCAAGUCUUCCCUCACUGCAGACGACGACAUAUGCCACGAGUGGUACGAAUCCAGGGUGUCUGUCCCCACGUUCCAAGUCUAGAGAAUUGAAGGUGCUGUCCUUAGGAGGACGGCCAUUCCCCAAGGAGAUCCCGUAA